UAUAUUUUUUUUGGGGGGGGGGGGUGCAUCUGUUAUAGGCCGGUGGUUAAAAUCACUAUCACAGUGCAGAUUAACGGGUGAUUAUGUCCAAGAGUAUCAGGAAUUAUCACGAAAAACGUUCGGUUUUUAAUUUCUCAAGUCAUCUUCGACAAUAGCUUCGCGCGGUCGCUCGAACGAACGAAAUGUAUUUUCGCUGAGACGCAAGGCGCGUAAAUUGAAGUCAUGCUGCUGCUGGAAGGGCUUCCUCGGUGGACGGCGAUUGUUGGGAAAAUCCAGGGUGGGGUGGGGGGGGAGUUGUUGCAAUUCAUGAAAAGUAUUCUUGUUUAAACGUAAGCUUGAGGACUGCAUGCGCAAUGCAGCAUUCGAGGAGCUAACGCGGUAAUUUUCGUCGUCACAGCCUCACGCGCAGGGAGGCUCUACUUUUUCAGAUUGAUUUCGGAUACUCCCUCACCCCUUUUGUGCAAGACUUGAACACAUUACGAUCGCUCUGGAAAUCCCCAAGUUGACCGACGUUCCUGUUGGAACACAGAGGAGGCCUGUAGUGUAUGUUUCAAAAUAUUGACGAUUAUUUUUUUUAACUGUAUUUAGUCCCGGAUGUGACCAAUAUUCACCAGUCAUCCUCAUAAAACGUCAAAUUGUUUUUUUUUACGUGUAUGACCACAAUGCCACAUGCUGUGAGCGUAUAUGCGUGUUCACGUGUCAGCGCGAAAGUACCAAGAGUGCGCGCAUGGACGUGCAUGUGACACCUUUUUAAAUGCACGCGCCCGGCGUCCACGUAUUAAAACCGCGUGCGUAACAAUCGCGUCAAAUCCACGCGUGGACGCGCACAUCCUGUCCUCUCUGCCGGGUCGAGUUCCUAAAAAAAAAAAACACCCAAUCCAGGAGUCCAAAUGAUUUAUCAAAGUGCUAUUAUCAAGAAAAUGCCACGCCAAGGGCACCUUGCUCUGCACUGACGCACGGAAUCCGAGAAAGAAAAUCGGUGCACGCGCAGCUUUGGCGCGCACACGAGCAAGUCAGCUCGCCGGCAUCACUCCGUCAUUUCCACCUCUCCAACACUUUGAGCCUGUUCCACAGAGAACUCCGCGGAAUGGACGAGCAGAGAAACAUGGCCAACCAACCAGCGGCCCACAUCCCCACGCAGCAGCCGGACGCAACUGCGGGAUUAACAGCCAACAGAGCCGAAAUCACUCCGCUUCAGCCGGCCACUCCUCAGCACAAGCACCCGGCGCCCCAGCCCCCGCCUCCGUGCAACGAGAGCCAAACUUUUUACCCCAUGGAAAAUAUACCGGGAGCACCGGACGCCAAUAAAGCAUACGGGACGUUUAAAAACAACGCCCCCGUCGUCCCGGCGACGAUGACGGCCAAUUCGGCCUUUGGGAAGGAACCCCCGACUGCGUCCUGCGGGGUUGGGGCGCAAUACGCGGAGCAGAACAACACCGCUUCCACCUGGACCCAUUUGAGUCAGACCACCGUCGUACUGGGCAUGGAUGGCAACAUGUCUGUUCAAACCGGCUCCUUGACUCGAGCUGAAGGCGAUGACGAUGAGGGAGGCGACGAGAACAAGGCAAGGGGAAACUGGUCCAAUAAACUGGAUUUUAUUCUCUCCAUGGUUGGCUAUGCAGUGGGACUGGGGAACGUGUGGAGAUUUCCCUAUCUUGCUUUCCAGAACGGUGGAGGUGCAUUUUUGAUCCCUUAUUUGACAAUGCUGGGGAUCGCAGGCAUUCCCAUCUUUUUGCUGGAAGUGUCCCUGGGCCAGUUUGCCAGUCAGGGCCCCGUGUCGGUGUGGAAGUGCAUCCCGGCACUACAAGGUUGCGGGAUUGCCAUGUUGAUAAUAUCUGUCUUGAUAGCCAUAUACUAUAAUAUUAUUAUGUGCUGGACACUGUACUACCUGUUCGCUUCGUUGAAGGGCUCACUGCCAUGGGCUAACUGUAGGAAUGCGUGGAACACGGUGGAUUGUAAGGACAAAGACAUGCUGCUAUUAGACUCCUGCAUUUUGCGGGAUGGAAACUUCACCUCCAUCAAGAAUUCUUCUUUUUGUCUCUCUGCCAACAUUGUUGGAAACCUGAGUAAACUAUUAAACAUGGCCGUGGAAGGUGAAAAGACAUAUGUCAGCCCCAGUGAGGAGUACUUCAAGUACAAUGUGCUGCACAUCUCCAAAGGCAUCGAAUAUCCGGGAGACAUUCGCUGGCCUCUGGCAGGCUGUCUGUUUCUGGCCUGGGUCAUUGUCUAUUCCUCUUUGGCCAAGGGAAUCAAGACAUCAGGAAAGGUGGUGUAUUUCACAGCCACUUUUCCCUACGUGGUUCUGGUGAUUCUCCUGAUCCGAGGCGUGACCCUCCCGGGGGCCUUUGACGGUAUCCUGUACUUCAUCACACCAAAGUGGGAGAAACUGAUGGAUGGAAAGGUGUGGAAAGACGCGGCCACUCAGAUCUUUUUCUCGCUGUCUGCCGCAUGGGGAGGCCUGAUAACUCUCUCCUCCUACAAUAAGUUCCACAAUAACUGCUACAGGGAUACCAUCAUCGUGACAUGUACAAACAGUGCCACCAGUAUUUUUGCUGGCUUUGUCAUAUUUUCUGUCAUUGGUUUCAUGGCACAUGAGUUGGACGUGCCGAUAGACGAGGUGGCAGAUGAAGGUCCAGGCAUAGCAUUUGUGGUGUACCCAGAGGCUCUGACCAGACUUCCCCUGUCUCCAUUCUGGGCAAUCAUCUUCUUUCUUAUGCUCCUGACUCUCGGCCUGGAUACCAUGUUUGCGACCAUUGAGACCAUCGUGACCUCUGUGUCGGACGAGUUCCCCAAGUACUUAAGGAAGCACAAACCAAUCUUCACCCUGGUCUGCUGCAUCGCCUUCUUCAUCCUGGGAUUUCCCAUGAUCACGGAGAAUGGCAUGUACAUGCUGCAGUUGGUGGACACGUAUGCAGCCUCCUACUCCUUGGUCAUCAUUGCCAUCUUUGAGCUAGUGGGGAUUUCUUAUCUCUAUGGGCUUCAAAGGUUUUGCGAGGAUAUUGAGAUGAUGAUUGGAUUUCAGCCCAAUCUCUUCUGGAGACUUUGCUGGGCCUUUGUGACACCAACCAUUUUGACGGGCAUCUUGAUGCUGAGUCUUUCUCAGUGGAGCGUCAUGACAUACGAGGACUACACCUACCCCACCUGGUCUAUGGUGCUUGCAUGGCUAAUGGUUAUCUGUUCCGUCAUCUGGAUCCCCAUCAUGUUUGUCAUCAAGAUGUACCUCGCUCCCGGCACCUUAAUUGAGCGUCUGAAGCUGGUUUGUUCCCCUCAGCCCGACUGGGGUCCCUUCUUGAUGAAGCACCGCGGAGAGCGCUACAAGAACAUGAUGGACCCACUAGGAACCAGCUCCUUAGGCCUCAAACUGCCCUCUACGGACUUCUAGCUCAGUUCUUUCUAGUCGCAGCAGCCCCUGGGGGAGAGCUCUAACCUUGGGCAGGGGUGUCAGGAAGUCCCUUCCCUCUGCCUCCAUUUUUUUUUCUCGCACUUUGUCUUUUCACCGUCCUCUCCCUUUGUCUUCCUCCUUCUCUCAGGGAGGAAGGCUGCCCAGGUGGAAUCGUCUCCACUGCUGCUGCUGCUGCAUUGUGCUCAGCUUUUAGUCUAUCAUUGCCUCUCACUCAUGAUGACGACUGAUUUCAUCGCACCCCUCGCGGGGGCUCUGAUUCUUUGUGGCCUCUUGUCAUUGAUGGACAGAGCUGCAAUUUGCAAUACCUUAGCUGCUCCCAAUGGCGUCACAUGUCUAUGUGGUCGUGUGUGUGUGUGUUCGUGUGUGCGCGCGCUUACAACCAUACUUAUGUGGAAAAAAAAAUUGUUUCAGACACAGGAAAAAAAAACUCAUGGGUGAUAGAGACGAUGGUUUGAAAAUGGGUUCACCAUCAGCACGCCCGCGAAAAUAAUAGCAGUCCAAAAAAAAUAUGGCUGCCCCUUAAAAACAGAACAAAAGCAGGGGUUUAUGCACUUCUUACAUUUGACUUUCUACUUCAGCAGCGUGUAUUCAUAUUGGCCGCUGCUUUGUGUGAUGGGAAGUGGAUUUUAGAAAGAAUCAGGAAUUUGCGCUUCCUCGAUCGCGGUCAACGCGUCGCGAUCACCACUUUCAUCCGACACACGUCUCAUCGAUUGCUUGCGGCCAAAUUUGUCUCUGAUGUCUCUUCUCUUCCCUCCGUUCCAUCAUAAUGUAAUUUAUCUUACCUCUCUAUAUGUAAGUCAUGCCAACCUGCCCUUUAGUUCACGAAAAAGAAGCCAUUUAGCCCCUUUCGAAAGCUCUAGAACUCAGCCCGAUAGUCACCCCGUGCGUCCGUUUGGUGUAUUUAUUGCAGUAGGCUAUUGUAUGUGCUGUGAAUUUAAUAGCCAUUUGUGAAAGCAUCACAAUGCAUAUGUAUGUGUGUAGUCUGCAUAUACACGAGUAUAUCUGUAGUUUUUAAGCGGAGCGGAACGCUAGCACGACAGAUUGAAUGUGUGGUUUUGUAUAGCUACGUACAACGUGUUAAGUUUUGUGUGUGACGCUCGGAGCAGCUGUUACAUGCGGCGAGGCGAUACGCCAGAAAAAGGUUUCUCACUUGCUGGAUGUGUAAUUUUUUUUUUUUGGGGUGGGGGCGGGUUGUUUUUGUCUGUAAUAUGAGAUAGCUCUGGAGACCUCUUUGCCAUUUCAGACGAACGCUUCUUGCUUCUCUGUAUGUCCUCUUGAAAACAGGGUCUCAGGUAUUCACAAUUCCAUCAAAUGACUCUGCUAGUUGGAGGGAUGGUGGGAUCCGGCGCACAGAGGAAAAAAAAACAAAAAAAAAAACGGCAUUGUUAUGCGAUGUGGAACGUCCUCAUGGGAGUGCGCGCUCAAUAUUUCUACAGACCUAAAAACAAUGGAAAUAUGUCUGCCGCGGCCACUGAACCACACUGUUCACUCGGCAUUCAAAUGUCAAAAUCCAUUUCGGCUGCCGUGCGUGUUUGGUCCUACUUGGCAAAUUAACUGCCAAGUAGGCAUGUUUCCACCUUUCUGGGAAGUGAAGAACAAAUUAUAAGCUAGACAAAUUUAUGUAAAUGUUCCGCUUCAAUGUAGCUGAUAGGCUCGCUUUGCAGUCUCUUUUCAAUGCAACGUGACAGGAAGCGUUUGAAAUUGGCGGGCUACUAAGCAGCCCGUGGGCCCAAGCAAUUCAGAAGGCUUUCGGUCCGAUUGAUCACUCGCUCAAUUGGUGCUUCAGCUGUGGUCGAACGUUCAGCAAGUUCUGGUGAAGCACAUUUUGUUGACGUUGCGAACGUAAAACAAUGCACACGUUGGAAGAAAAAAAAAUAGCUCACCCGCUUCCUCCCCGAGUGUUGCUUUCCAUUGAGCGCUUUUGUAUUUAGCGUUGAGUCAUUCACAUGUGACGUGUGUAUCCCCCGUGUGCGCGUGCUUGCCUUGGUGUGUAGACUCGGACUGUACUCAACUAUAAAUCAGAUGUUUGCAAGGUAGUAGGAGAGCAAAGAUGUACAAGAAUACACACCCUAUUUCCCACAAUGGCCCAAAUCAGGAAGCUUUGAGUCAACGCGGUUAAAGACAAAUCAAGCGCACAGUUGAUUAAUAAGAUAAGAUAAGAUAAGAUCCUUUAUUCGUCCCACACUGGGGACUGGGGAUUAUGGGAAAGUAGCAGAUUGUGUGCUUUGUGCAGAGCUGUAUUAUAAUAGGUUAAAGGGCAACAUUAAUAUCUGGACCUUGUAUGUCACGUCCUCUACUUUUGAUCUGAGGGAGGUGGGGAGGGGAAAAAAAAAGGUGCAAAAUCCCCAAUAGCUUCAUGAAAUAUAACACGAAUAAGCUCGCAUGUGCGGUUUGUGUUGCUCAACUUAAUGUCCAUAGAUAGUGACUUCUUUCUCACCCGAUACGUGUCUGUCAAUGCAUGAUUAGUGAGCCGAAGUGAUCAGAGGAUGAAGAAACAAAAUGUACUCGAUCAUUUGAAUUCAUUCACGACUUGGCCUGCAAGUCAACUUUUCUGGCAGUAACCAAAACUACAGAGGGGUGAGGGGGGGGUGUGAAUAGAAACGCAAAGAAAAAUGGAUCAUGUGAUUCGUAUCUAGUCGGGUUUAGCUACUGCCAUACAUGUUCCAUGCAGUAUAUCUUGGUAUUUGCCAAUACGUUACAAAACAUCUUCAGGUAACCAUUGGCCUUAUAGAUGUCUUCUAUUAGUACAAAAAACGUAUGUAUGUAUUUCGGAUGGAUCACUACAGAGAAGCUUAUUGUCCCGUCAGUAUUUCGUAUGUGUCGGUUUGGCACUGAAACUGUGACCUAUGACCUGCAUAGGUUAAAUUUCUAAUUACUUGAGUAAUGUCAUACAUUUCUGCGUGUUCUCUGUGAGGCACAGCUGCCUAUGGAUAUAGAUAUGUGCCUCCGACAUGACAUCAUUUGAUUUAGAAAUAGAGUAGAUAUAUAUCUAUACAUAUAUAUAACUAUAUAAAUAUACUGUAUGUUUUAGAAUUGGUGUAAGAUAUUUAAAAAAAAAUAGGAUAUAAAAGAUCUAUGUGAAAUGCAUUUAUUUUCACUUGUCAUUUGAGGCCCUACCUCCGAUUUUGUAUUUAUGUAUAAAAAAAAAAUGCAAUCAUAUAUUAGUAUCUUUGCCAAUAAUAUUAUCGCUAUUAUACCAUGAAAUGUAUUCCCUACGAACAAUAAACGUUAUUUUCUUUCUUGCCUA